UUUGAGAAGUACUGUGGACAUAGCAAGAUGGAUACCACUUACCACCUGCCACUCAAUGUCUACGUGAUAGUGCUGGGCAUCGGCCUGUUCGUCUUCAUGCUCAGCCUCAUCUUCUGCUGCUACCUCUUCAGGUUGAAACAGCAAGGGACGAGGGAGCAGUUCAGCUACAACGAGGUGGUUCUUAAAGGGGCAGGAAAGAAGCUGAGCCUUCUAGGACAAACAUGUGCAGUAUGUUUGGAAGAGUUUCGGACCAGAGAUGAGCUAGCCGUGUGUCCGUGUUCGCAUGCAUUUCACAAGAAGUGCCUGCUGAAGUGGCUGGAGAUCCGUAGCGUGUGCCCCAUGUGUAAUAAGCCCAUCCUCAGGCUCCACCCAGACCCCACACAGGGAACUGAGGGGCCCCAGGACCCAGAGGAGGUGUGAAGGACCCUCAGGGGCCACCACGACCGCCAUACGCACCUGUACGCAUUUACAUGGAAUUGAUGGUCAUUUUAUGGACAACACACAGAGUCGAUUGUAUUCUUAAAGUGGCUUCCAUGGUGUUAGUCUUUGACUGAGCAUUAAUCCAUAUGGCUGGGGUUUGGGUACUGUAUAUGGAUGUUGAUUACACCCGUCCAGGCCUUUCAGAUCGUCAAGAAAGUCAACGAUGACCGAGGGGGCAGGGCGCAAGAGUGUGUUUCAGGAUCGGGCCCUACUAGUUUAGCAAUGGAACCUAAAAACAACAUGAUAACUCUAACCUUGAGGGAUGUGGUGUUUGAAAUUUGGCCAUACUAGCAUGCCAAUGGGGCUUCCCACAAGAAAUGAAGGAUAGGGUAUCGGGUGCAGCAGGUCAGUUUGGGAUUGGGCCCUCCUAGCUUAGCAGUGGAGCUUCAUAAAGCUGCUGUCUAGCCUCCCCCUUUAGAUCAGUGAGAAUGAGUAAAGGCUAUAUGGACACUCCUGACCCAAAUAUUCAUUUUUCAGCAGCGUACUAAUGGUAUCUCCAGUGAGAAUGAGAGGAAAGUGACAUAGGAAUGGGAGCCACUUUAGAAUACCGAGUUCUCCCCGUCAUUGGACGAUGCCUGGUACAACACUGCCAGAAACAGCCAAUCACAAACAACACGUCUGGCAUUCUGAGAAGGUCAUUGGUCGAGUUUCAGGAUUGAUGUAAAUGGAUACCUCUCAUACCUCAGGGGUGUUACAAUACAAGCCAGCACAAACAUGCCAUUCAAUACCAUGUGCCACACACAGAACAUGUCCAAUACUGCCAACUCCAACCAAGGCAACACUAUACUGAGGUAGUCAAAACAUUGGUCACGUUCCAGGCCGACUACAUUGCCACACGUAGCAACAAAUGGUUCUAUGCCACAUCAUAGACUGCGCAGUCGUAUGCUUUUAGCUGAUAUGUGAAACACUUAUCCAGGCGUGGAGAACUGGCAAACGACUGCAAUGUUGUCAGUCUGGAACGCAGCCAUUGAGAUCUGGCAAGCGACUGCAAUGUCGUCGGUCUGGAACGCGGCCAAAGGCUGGAAUCACAAAACCAGUCCAAUACCAACAUCACAGCAGCUCUCUGAUGUACAGAACUAUAUAUCCAGGAUUGUGUCUGAAAUGGCACCCUAUUCCUUACACAGUGCACUACCUUUGACCAAAACCCUAUGCAGGCCCUGGUCAAAAGUAGUGUACUAUAUAGGGAAUAGGGUGCCAUUUCUGACACAAACCAGGUCCAUAACCUCGAAGACUGAUAGACAGCUAGUCUUGCCUGUAUGUAUGUACGUAACGAUGUGACCCCCCAUCUUGUAAUUUUGUAUCGUUUGUCGCUUUUAAAUAAAAUAUGUAUCCUCUC